GUCGCACAGACAUAACAUUCCACAAGAAUACUACAUAAUACGAAAACAAAGUUUUUUCAAAAGACUAAGGAGUUGGUAUAUAGUCUUUCAAGUGUGUGGGAUGUGAUUUGGAUUUCGACAGGAAGAAUAAUCCUUAAUAAAAAAUGAAUGUGCGCCAAUUCAGGCCUCACGUCGUACUGCCCCUAAUUUUAGUCUUGUACGUAAAAGUUUCUGUUGCUGUGGACAGCGAAAAUGCUGCCCAAAGGGAGCUAGACAACAACUUAAGAAGUAAGUUUGUAACAUUCGCCAAGCGCGGUUUUGAGGCUCAUAACAAGUUUCGCGCUCGCCACCAUUCACCGAGUUUGAAAUGGUCGGAUAAGCUAGCUGCGCGUGCGCAAAAGAUCGCCUACCUCAUGGCGCUGAAUGGGACCAUCCAGGUACCGGGUGUCGAUCAGCUAGGUGAAAAUAGGGCCAAGAUAUCCGCUGUUAAUUACGACUGUGAGCUCGCGGGCGAGGAAGCGGCUAAAAUAUGGUACAAUCAGGGCAGCCACUACAGCUACUCGGAUCCACGCCUUAACAGCGACACGGACUCUUUCACCCAGCUAGUGUGGAAAGAAUCACGUGAUGUCGGCAUGGGGUGCGCCCAGAGGAAGGGAACGGUUACCAACGAGAUCUACGUGGUCGCUCUGUACUACCCCGCAGGGAACUCGGAGGCGACGCUACGCGACAACGUCAUUGGCCCGAACAAGAUGGAGGCUAAGGACGUCUACGCCACGAUUUACAGGCGACAUAAGACGAAAUUCAUUAAGAAGAAUAAAAUACACAAGACGGCUCAGUAAUCUAUAGGGGCAAGAGGACCUGUAUUAAAUACAGACGGAUAAGUAACUUAUAUGAUCAGAAGCAUUAUAAGGGCCAAGAUUAGUUAUUUGCUUCUAUCCGUUCACACGUUUUUUAAAGAGUGGUUCGCUCCAUGUAGCGACGGGACACGUGUAAGAUCGACCAGUCCUCUUGGGACCACAUAAUUGUCAGCAAAAACAUUUUUAAUAAUUCUGGAAUCCAUUGAACACAUAUGUAUAAAGAUUAUACCUACUUUAUAACCCGCAAUACCGAGAAGUUACUCGCUUGGAA